ACAAUUCGUGUUGAUAAUCGGAAGAGAAAUGGCGCAAACGAUACAAAUUUCGUGGGACAUUUGAAAUCAGAACAGAUGGCGAUAGGGAGUCCGCGGUUCUAAGUUCGUAGUGAAAAAUGGCCGGCGCAAACGAUUGUUUCAGCAUCGGGAGUACCGUGGCCUGUAAAACCUGUUACAAGGAGGAGAUCGAAGGCGAGGUGCUAGCAUUCGAUCCACAAACUAAAAUGCUAAUCCUAAAAUGUCCGUCAUCCAGCGGAACACCAACGUUAAACGAUGUACACAUAGUAAAUUUAUCCUUGGUAUCAGAGGUCCAAGUAAAACGGGAAGUUAGCCCUACGACAACUGAACCCCCACAAAGCCUUAAUUUACAAAAGCUGAACAGAAGAGUACGUAAUCAAAUUGAAGAGAAAAAAAAACUGGUAAUGGCUCUGCAGGCCGGAGUAUCUCCAGAGGGACAAAAACUCUUCAGUACUAUAUCAAAAACUAUCCCAGAAAUUACGUGGAGUGGAGCAAAUAUUGUUGUAUUUGACAAUGUCACAAUUAGACCGCCGUAUAAAGUUGACAAUGUUCAUGGAAACACAGAGUCUGGAGCAUACAAACAUGUAAAGAAAGUGGUGAGUAAUUUGAAGAAUUGGUAUAUCGUAAUGCAUUGUAAUCCAUGUGUUUCGUUAAUCCAACAGGUUGAAAAACACAUUAAAGAUACAGAAGCAUCGCAACAGGCACAACAGCGGGAACAACAACAACAGCAGCAGCAGCAGCAGCAACAACAACAGCAACAACAGAAGCAAAAAGGAGAUUUAUUCAAAAUGAGAACGCACUUCACGGGAAUCAAGUGCAAAUCGAUUAUCAGAAUUUUAAAGGAGUAUCAAGCCCAUUGAUAAUAUCGUAUGAGCAGCAUUUUGUAAAUCUUUUCUUUUUUAUCUCUUUUGAUUUUUUAGCAAAGAGCAUAAUCUUUCAUGAAGAAUGCUGUUUAUUUUAUAUAACAAGCUGCCAUACAAAUUUAGAUUUUGCUGGAACUAUUGUUCAUACAUGUGCUCCGAUGCAGGUGUGUUUUAGUUUAGUUUAACAUUGUUACAAAAUACGUUUAAUAGUUGUUUACAGAUUAUUGAUGAUGGUAGCAUGAUUCGAUUGCCAUACGAAUAUCAACAACUUUUUAACUAA